AAUAGUCUGCACUCGACCGUAGCGACAGACGAAGGCUGAUGACGAACGUGAAAAAUAUUCUAAAAAUAAAUUAACGAUAUUAAGCGUCGCAUUAAAGAAGCUGGGCAAUACAAAUUGCCAAAUAUACGUUGUAUAUAGCUAAAUAAACAAGCCAAAAGCAAACAUACACAUUGCCAGAUACAAGUUGUAAGCAAAGUUAACCGAAAACACGUCGCGUCGUCGCCGUUUCGUGCUGAUUUAUUUAUGAAUUAAUUUCUCUCUCGUAUCUCGCGUAGCUGCUGGCGUUUGGGCUUUGUUCACGAUUUGCUCGUCGUUGCCGUUGCCGUCGCGGUCACUGUCGCUCGAAUGUGUGUGGAAUUUUGCAGCAUUCAUUAGUAUUUGUUGUGCCGUGGGACGACAACGACGUCUCCACCUCCUCGGAAAGAACGCUAACGAUAACCUUGAGCAUUUACUGUGACAGGGAAGAGGGAAACAAAAAAAAACAAUUCAGGCCCGUUGAGCGAACGGCCAUUAGAAGUGGAGCUGGAACUGGAGCUGGAGCUGUGCGAGCCAAAGCAAACAUCUGGCGAGAUAAGGGCGCCAGCAGCAACACCAUAUUCUCGUUUUGCUUUGUAUGUAUUGCAAAAACAGUUCGCAUAUUGGAUAGAAGGCCCAAGAUAGAACGAACAUAUUGGCCCAGUCGCCCAAGUUCUUGCUUGUGUGCGUGUUUGUGUGUAUGAGUGCUGGCAAUACGCCUAAAAUAGGAAAACAGUGGCAAGAUGAUUCAUGUGGGCGAAAACACCUGGAACCUGCGGAUACUUAUCACAGAUCUGCAGGUGGAGAAAACGUUGCGUGUGCGCGGUGACCAGCACAUUGGCGGCGUCAUGCUGCAGCUGGUCGAUCCAGAGAUGCCCAAGGAUUGGUCUGAUCAUGCGCUCUGGUGGCCCGCUAAAAAUAUUUGGCUAACGCGCACGCGCUCCACCCUUGACCAGGCGGGCGUACAAUCCGAUUCAUUUCUCUAUUUCACGCCCAUGCACAAAACGCUGCGUGUGCAGAUGCCGGACUUACGUUAUCUAGAUUAUCGUGUGAAUUUCUCAAUCAAAACAUUUGGCGCUGUGGUAAAUCUAUGCAAAGAUCUAGAUAUACGCUACCCGGAGGAGUUAUCGUUGUGUAAGCCCGUUGAGCAGGAGCAUCUAAAGAAGAACUUCUCCAAGUUGCCGCAAAAGAUGAUACCCGUAGCAGAGGCCAAUGGCACCGCCUACGUGCAACCUGCGGCGGACACCAACUCCUUUGUGCCCAUUACGAAUGCCUAUAAUGGCAGCAAUGGCAGCCUGGAUCGAUCACAUGGCAACGGCAAUCUGCUGUGCGCACCGACAUCUCCAUAUGCAACGACGCCCCGGCGUUCGGCCACUGCGCCUGGCACGCCCAUCAGCUCACCAACAGGCACUUGGAAGCAUAACAACAGCCACAAUGGCUAUGUCGCCUAUGACUCUGGUUCAAUUUUUGGCGAUUUGCAGGAGAAUUUGGCCGUCUCACCACGCUCGCCCAGUCCCGAUGUGCGCGCUCGCCUUGUGCGGCCCAAGACGCUGGUGCAAAAGGCGCGCCUGAACGUCGGUUGGCUGGAUUCAUCGCUGUCCAUCAUGGAGCAGGGUGUGCGUGAAUUUGAUACGCUCUGCUUGCGCUUCAAGUACUACACGUUCUUCGAUUUGAAUCCAAAGUACGAUCAGGUGCGCAUCAAUCAGCUCUACGAGCAGGCAAAAUGGUCUAUACUCAACGAAGAGCUGGACUGCACCGAGGAGGAGACACUGAUGUUUGCUGCGCUGCAAUUUCAAGUCAAUUAUCAAACGGAUUUGCAUCCUCCCGGCAUUGAUUCCGGCGUUGAUAGCUCAAACCAAAAGAACGGCGCUGACGACGACAUCGACUCGGCGCUCAACGAGCUGCAAAUCACACUGGAGGGUCCAAAUGCAGGAACCGAUUCGGGCAACAUAACACGCAUACCCGAGCUAUCGGACUAUUUACGUUUCCUGAAGCCCCAGCUGUUCACGCUGAGGGGCUACAAGCGCUACUUCUUCACGUAUCGCGACCUGCAUCUGCACUUGUACAAAUCGCAGGAGGAGUCGCGUCGAGGUGCGCCCAGCUUUACCAUCAAUUUGCGCGGAUGUGAGGUAACGCCCGAUGUACAUUUAGCCCAAGGCAAGUUUGGAAUAAGGCUGGAAGUUUCGCCAGAGGGACGCAACGGACCAAACAGCGAAUUCUGGGUGCGCUGCGAGAAUGAAGAACAAUAUGCCAAAUGGAUGGCUGCCUGUCGCCUGGCUGCCAAAGGACGCUCGCUGGCCGACAGCAGCUACGAGAGUGAGGUAAGCAGCAUACGCUCGCUGCUCCAAAUGCAAAAGCCGCAGGCACAGGCGGCGCCAUUGAACAUCAAUCCGCGCGUCGUGGACGCCAACGAUUAUCUGUCGCCCAAAAUGUUGCGCAAGUUCUCCGGCAAGGCGGUGCAACGUAUCCUGGAGGCACACGCCAAUGUGCGCCAGUUGCAGCUAAUGGAAGCCAAACUGAAGUACAUACAGGCUUGGCAAUCGCUACCUGACUUUGGUGUCACGCUAUUCGUCAUUAAAUUCGAUGGUCACAAGAAGGAGGAGCUGCUGGGCGUAGCGCACAAUCGGAUCAUGCGCAUGGAUCUGAAUACGGGCGAUCACCUGAAGACCUGGCGUUACAACACAAUGAAAGCCUGGAACGUUAACUGGGGCAUCAAGUGCAUGAUGAUUCAAUUCCACGAUGAGAACGUCGUCUUCUCUUGCCUAUCCGCCGACUGUAAGGUGGUGCACGAAUUCAUUGGCGGCUAUAUCUUUAUGUCCAUGCGCUCCAAAGAGAACAACCAGACGCUUAACGAGGAAAUGUUCCACAAAUUGACGGGUGGCUGGUCAUAAGCUCGACGUUUGUUGGCCUCCGUCUUACAAGUGCCAAGCACAAACUGUCGCAUGUUUAAUGUCUAUCUGAAUUAAAUAAUUUAUGUGUGUAAAUGUUAUAUACGCAAUAGAGCCUCGCUUCUAUUGGCUUCUAUUGUCAACGUUAAUAUCUAGACUAAUAUGUAAUAUCUAUAACGGAAUCCACGUUGUGCCUUCAAGCGAAACACUUUUUAUUUUAACUGGCACGUCCAAGUCAAGUCCGUGUCCAAUGUGUGUACUAAAACAAUACAAAAAACAAAAAAAAAAACUUGUUAAUGUGCCUCGUUAUCAGUGUAUUUUUAACGUAGUUAAUCAGUCUUUUUGUACUACUC